AUGGAUAUUUUAGCCAAUUGCAGUGGUGGAUUUGUCCCCAAAUACGCAUGUAAUGUUUUGACGCAGGUCAGAAAUGCUACCAAGAGAGCAGCAGGUUCAAGAACUUCUAUGAAGGAUUCUGCCGGUAGAAGAUUGGGACCCAAGAAAUAUGAAGGUCAAUCAGUUAAGGUUGGUGAGAUUAUCAUGAGACAGCGUGGUACAAAGCUCUAUCCAGGGGAAAAUACUGGUAUUGGUAAAGAUCAUACAAUUUUUGCAAAGGAACCUGGUGUUGUACGUUACUAUGUCGAUCCGUUCCACCCUAAGCGUAAAUUCGUUGGAGUUUCAUUGAAGAGAGAAUUAAAAUUGCCAUUGCCACAUUUUGCACCACGUGUGAGAAGAUUUGGUCGUGAAAUCUUAACGCAUCCAAGGUUAAAAGCUGAAGAGGAAUCAUUUUUGCCAAGAAAGCAAUUAGAGGCCAAGGAUAGUAUUUUAAAGGCAUUACAAGAGCGUGAAUCUAGAAGAUUACAGCUCUCGGAAGAUUUUCAAGUAUUUUUUGAGAAACAAUUGCCCGAGUUGCAGUUGAAAGAUGUAGAAAUGGCCAAUGCAUAUUUGAUCCGCCUGAGGUCAUGUCUUAAGAACGGAUAUGAAUUAGAAGAUGCCCAGUACAACGCUCAGCACUAUUUGGAACUAGAAUACAGAUUACAAGCACAAAGAGAAAACUGGAAUGAUAACUUGGAGUCGCAUCUACAAAUUUUGCAAGAAACUGUGGGUACAUUGAAUAAAUCAGUUUCAUUUGACAACAAAUUGCAUCUAAUGAAGUACAUUGAUCCACAGACUAAAGAAUCACUGAAAUCUCAACUCGUCAAGACUUUGCAUGAGAAAGCAGAAAACAUUGAAACCAAACAACAAAGGGACGAAAUUCAAUCUUUAUUCCAAGAUGCAUGUCAAUUUUUGACGCUAUCUGAGGAAGUUCAUCUACGUCGUCAAUUUUUGAAACCAGUUAAGCCAGAGACACCACCCACAUUGGCACCACAACCAACUAAAAAGACAGUUACCAUCAAAAGGUUUAACCAUGAAAGGAAUAGAUUGGAGACGAUACCAAGAACUAAGAGUGCCUUCUUGAGUAAAUUGUAA